CCUCCCCCUCCCGCCGCCGCCAUUCGCCUCCCGCGAAAACCCUAGCCGCCGCCGCCGCCGCCGCUGCCCAAAAUGUCCACGCCACCGCCGGCCGCCGCCGCCUCCCCGGCCACCGACCAAGGCAAGACCAAGUCGAAGAAGAAGAGCAAGAAGCAUCAGGAGGACACCUCCUCCUCCCUGGCCGUCGCCGCGGCGUCGGUGGAUGAGGCGGCGGAGGCCAAGGCCGACGGCUACCUGAUCAAGCCGCAGUCGGUGGCGCCGCCGCUGGACACGUCGGCGUGGCCGCUCCUCCUCAAGAACUACGACCGCCUCAACGUCCGCACCGGCCACUACACCCCGCUCCCCGCCGGCCACUCCCCGCUCAAGCGGCCCAUCGCCGAGUACCUCCGCUACGGCGUCAUCAACCUCGACAAGCCGUCGAACCCUUCCUCGCACGAGGUCGUCGCCUGGAUCAAGCGCCUCCUCCGCGUCGAGAAGACCGGCCACAGCGGCACCCUUGACCCCAAGGUCACCGGCAACCUCAUCGUCUGCGUCGACCGCGCCACCCGCCUCGUCAAGUCCCAGCAGGGCGCCGGCAAGGAGUACGUCUGCGUCGCGCGCUUCCACGCCGCCGUGCCCGACACCGCCCGCGUCGCGCGCGCGCUCGAGGCGCUCACGGGCGCCGUCUUCCAGCGGCCCCCGCUCAUCUCCGCCGUCAAGCGGCAGCUCCGGGUCCGCACCAUCUACGAGAGCAAGCUCCUCGAGCACGACGCCGACCGCCACCUCGCCGUGUUCUGGAUCUCCUGCGAGGCCGGCACCUACGUGCGGACGCUCUGCGUUCACCUCGGCCUGCUGCUCGGCGUCGGCGCGCAUAUGCAGGAGCUCCGCCGUGUCCGGUCGGGGAUCCUCGGCGAGACCGACAACAUGGUGACGAUGCACGAUGUCAUGGACGCGAGGUGGGCGAUGGACAACUUCAACGAUGAGUCCUACCUGCGGCGCAUCGUCAUGCCGCUGGAGGUCCUGCUCACUAGCUACAAGAGGCUUGUUGUGAAGGAUUCUGCUGUGAAUGCUAUAUGCUAUGGUGCGAAGCUCAUGAUCCCUGGGUUGCUUCGAUUCGAGAAUGAGAUUGAAGUAGGGGAGGAGGUGGUUCUCAUGACAACCAAGGGGGAAGCGAUUGCGAUCGGCAUUGCGGAGAUGACCACGGCUGUUAUGGCGACUUGUGACCAUGGAGCGGUUGCCAAGAUUAAGAGGGUGGUGAUGGAUAGGGACACAUACCCGAGGAAGUGGGGGCUUGGGCCUGUGGCGCUUAAGAAGAAAAAGAUGGUUGCUGAAGGGCUUCUUGACAAGCAUGGGAAGCCAAAUGAAAAGACACCAAGUGAGUGGCUUCGCAAUGCCGUGCUUCCAGCUGGUGGUGAUGCAAUGAUUGCCGGCAUUGCUGCAGCACCUGAGCCAGAGAAGCCAAAGGUGAAAGAGGAGGCAGAUGUGGCUGAAGAGACCAAGGAGAAGAAAAAGAAGAAGCAUAAGGACUGGGCAGGUGACAAUGCUGAUGAGGGGAGGAAGAGGAAGGUUGGAGAUGAUGAUCUCUCUGCUUCUGUGAGUGCGAAGAAGAUUAAGGUUGAGGAAGAGGCUGAUGCAGUGGAAGGGGAAAAGAGUGAGAAGAAGAAGAAGAAAAAGAAGGACAAGGCUGAAUCGGCAUAUGCCGAUGGAGAGGUGAAGGCUGAGUUGUCUGAUGGGGAGAAGGGUGGCAGUGAGAAGAAGAAAAAGAAGAAGAAGAGCAAGGAAGGAGAAGCUGGGGAUGAUGAAGCUGAGAAAAGUGAGAAGAAAAAGGAGAAGAAAAAGAAGAAUCGGGAUGCAGAGGUGACACAAUAGUUGGAGAGUGUAAUUUUAGCCAGAUCGUUGACAUUGUAGGUUGCAGAUUGGAGGUGUCUACACUGACCUCUGGCUUGUUGUUCACUUGCAAACAAUAAUCAUUCUAGAGGCCUAGUUUAGCAUUUUUAUAUCACUAUCCGUUUACUGCUUUGGACAUGAAAUGCAAAUUAACUAGGCCAGCCUUUUUAUAUUGCCCCACUCAUGAUGGCCUAUUUGUGUUGCUGUUCCAGUUAUCACUUAGAUGUGAUGAAUUUUGCUCCAUUGAAGUUAUUGGUCUUUUGAUUUGGUACAUGCUGCUGCCUCAUUUAUGAAAUUACUUGCCUUGGUGAUGAAAUAA